GGUUGCCUCUCGAGCAAUAAAUGAGCACGAUGACAGCAGUUAGAGCGAACCUAGGUUGCCUCUAGUUUGCCUCCAGGUGAAAAAAAAUACGGUAUAUGAUUCAUACGCUCAUCACAUCAGAAGAGGUCAGAAGAAAAGGGCUUCUGUAGUGUUUGGCCUGCAAAAUUUUUCAACGUAAAAGAUUGUUUUUCUAACUUUGGAAGUCCUUUGCCAAUUUGAAACAAGUUUUGACGUGAAUAUCGGAAUAUAAAGUCAACAGUCCAAAAUGUCGCUGUAUCCGUCUUUGGAAGAUAUGCAGGUCGAUAAGAUCCUCCAGUCGCAGAAUGCUGCCGUGGCUAACGCUAUAGCCACCCAACAGCAACAACAACAACAACUAGGUUUUCAAGGGCCCCCGCCGGCUUAUACUAUGAAUCCAUAUCCACAGUUGUAUGAACUGCCACGAUCAGAGAUCGGGAAUCACUCAACCGGAGAGGAAUCCAAGAAGCAAGGAUUUAUUUACCCUGAUCUAGGUGAUUAUCUGGGAUUAGAGUUGAGUCGGGGAAUGAUUGAGGCCAACAUGCCAGAAUAUUUGCAUCGGGAUAAUCAAUUAGAAGCUUCUCCUUUGACCGUGGUUAAUAAUGCUAACAUGAUAGCACCAGUUUCGGGGUCAUCUGUAGGUUUGCAACGUGGUCAGGUGACCAACGGAAUACGUGAGAUUAUUCUGUGUAAGGGAACCGAUAAAAAAGUCGGUCUUCGAGCCCAAUCGAUCAACAAGGGAGUAUUUGUGUGCCUGGUGGUUAAGGACAGUCCAGCUGCUCUUGCUGGAUUGAGAUUUGGAGAUCAAAUAUUGCAAAUUAACGGAACUCUCGUAGCUGGAUACUCCGUUGAUGACGUUCAUAAGCUAUUGAAAAAAAGCCAGAAAGAUAACAUUUCGCUAGUAGCUCGUGAUCGUCCGUUUGAGAGAGCGGUUACUUUGCACAAAGAUUCAACUGGUCAUGUUGGUUUCCAAUUCAAUGAUGGAAAGAUUACAGCUAUAGUAAAAGACUCAUCGGCGGCAAGAAACGGACUUCUUAUCGAACAUCAACUACUGGAAAUUAAUGGUCAAAACGUUAUUGGAAUGAAAGAUAAGGAUAUUUCCAAAAUCAUAGCUAGUGGUGGUCAAAUCAUAACGGUCACCAUUAUACCGAGCAUGAUUUAUGAUGUAAUGAUAAAAAAAUUGUCUGUUUCAUUUUUACGGGGUAAAAUGGAUCACACAAUUCCCGAUUUUUAAAGUGCCAACUAAAUUUAAUACAAAAUUGAAAUAACGAGUGCAUGCAUUUUAACGCACAUUAAACAUUUGUAACACACAAGUUAGCUACUAAACGUAGUAAAAUAAACGAUGUAUUGUCUCCACUAGUGUCAUUAAAUAUGAACUAUCAGGUAAAACUUAUAUUGCAUAUGGUUUUGAAAUAUAUUCAAAUUUAUUACCAGUAAUAAAA